AUGUCUCGCUCUGCUAUUGUUUCCGCCGUCGCGGCGCGUGGAGGAGCACGGCACGCCAGCCCUCCGCUGGUCAGACGGCACGCCAGCCCUCCGCUGGUCAGACGGCACGCCAGCCCUCCGCUGGUCACACGGCACGCCAGCUCUCCGCCGGUCACACGGCACGCCAGCCCUCCGCUGGUCAGACGGCACGCCAGCCCUCCGCUGGUCACACGGCACGCCAGCUCUCCGCCGGUCAGACGGCACGCCAGCCCUCCGCCGGUCAGACGGCACGCCAGCCCUCCGCCGGUCAGACGGCACGCCAGCCCUCCGCUGGUCAGACGGCACGCCAGCCCUCUGCUGGUCAGACGGCACGCCACCCCGCCGCUGGUCAGACGGCACGCCAGCCCUCAGCAGCUGCGUGAGGCCUUUCUGCCGAACGGCAUGGAGUCGCCCGGGCCCAACUGCGAGCGGGUCUGCAGCGAGCGCGUGCAGGAGCGGAUCUGCAGUGAGCGCGUGCAGGAGCGGGUUUGCAGUGAGCGCGUGCAGAAGCGGGUUUGCAGUGAGCGCGUGCAGGAGCGGGUUUGCAGUGAGCGCGUGCAGGAGCGGAUCUGCAGUGAGCGCGUGCAGGAGCGGGUUUGCAGUGAGCGCGUGCAGGAGCGGGUUUGCAGUGAGCGCGUGCAGGAGCGGGUUUGCAGUGAGCGCGUGCAGGAGCGGAUCUGCAGUGAGCGCGUGCAGGAGCGGAUCUGCAGUGAGCGCGUGCAGGAGCGGAUCUGCAGUGAGCGCGUGCAGGAGCGGAUCUGCAGUGAGCGCGUGCAGGAGCGGAUCUGCAGUGAGCGCGUGCAGGAGCAGGUUUGCAGUGAGCGCGUGCAGGAGCGGAUCUGCAGUGAGCGUGUGCAGGAGCGGAUCUGCAGCGUCAGAAAGCCGCGGUCUGUCGCCACGGAGCCCGGACGCUUCGCCUCAUUAGGGCGCCGGACGCUGGCGGAGGCGUCCGCCGCAAAGAAGAAGAAAAAAAAAAGAGUGACGACCGUCUCCUCUAAAAUGUCAGGAGGGUGA